GCACGCACACACACGUAUGAACCCCCGCGUCAAGGUCCUCCCUCUACCUAUCUCUCUGUUCCUCCGCCUCACGAGCACACAGGCACAUGCACAUGCACACACAGCCAGCUUGUCACUGCACAGAUGGCGCGAGGCGGGGUGGGCUAUCGCACUGCCACUGUCUUGUGUGGUGUUUGUGUUGUAUGUGUGCGUGUGUGUGCGUAUGUAUCUGUGUGUAUCUGUGUGUGUGCAGCAUGUGUGCAUGUCACAGUCAGUGACGGGUCUUCGAAUUCUUUCUGUCGGCGUUGCCGUGUGUGUGGUGUGGUGUGGUGUGGUUGGUGGGUCCGUCGGUGGAUCCAUCUACGUUCUAUCUGCUCUGCUCUGCUCAGUCGCCGGAUGCCUCGAUCUCACGCUCGUAGCGCUGCUGGUCCUCCUCAGCCUGAACACACCACAACACACCACACAACACACAUUCAUCCAUGUCUGUGGUUGCAUGUGCUUGCGAGAAGCAUCCGUGCCAUGUCGAUGUAGGGCUUCUUGUCCUCAUCCUCCAUCUCACGCCACUCCUUGCCUGCACACACCACCCACCACACACACACCAUGUCCGCAUGACGCCUCCCCACAUGCAUCCGGCCGAUCCAUCGCAUUACCCAUUUUCUUGUGGAUGCGGUGGCCCUUGAUCCCCUGCUCCUUCAACUCCUCACGACGACCCGCAGCAUAGUGCAUGUCUGCACACCACACCCAUGCGCCCACACAUGGGAAUGCACCGGCCACACAUGUCGUAUGGAGCAGGUGCAUUCCCACCGGUGUGGUGUGCUUACAUGAGUUUUUGGGCUCCUUGGGGUCCUUCUUGACACCCCCGCCGCCAUUGGACUUGCUCCCGCUCGCAGACGUGCCCGCCUUCUUGACCAUGGUCACGACACGAUUCAACACGACCCAACACGACCCAACACGACAGUCGGUCCUCACGGACGACGCGCGCCGACAGGUAGCUGGAAUGGACAAAUGGGAACGGGAUG